AUGUUGGAGGCAUUAGCCUGUCUGGUGGGACACUGGAUCAAUACCAAGGGGGUCCUCCUGUUCCUCUUGGUUCUGUUGGUGACCAAGUACAUCCGUGAUCUGCCUUCUAAGAACUACCCACCAGGCCCCUUCCCCCUGCCUUUUGUUGGGAAUAUGCUGAAUAUCAGCAUCAAGGACCGCAUAGGCUCCUUUAAAAAGGUAAGGACACGUAAGAGAUAAGGUCGUGUGUAUCUGCUCAAAUUAUACACUCUUAGAUAAAAAGGUUACAAAAGGGUUCUUCGGCUGUCCACCAUAGGAACACCCUUUUUGGUUCCAGGUAGAACCCUUUUUGGUUCCAGCUAGAAUUAUUUUGCUUUCCAAGUAGAACCCUCUGUGGAAAGGGUUCUACAUGGAACCCAAAAAGGUUCUACCUGGAACCAAAAAAGGGUUCUUUAAAGAGUUAUCCUAUGGGGACACCCGAAUAACUAUUUUAGGUCCUAGAUAGCACCUUUUCCACAACAACAAAAAAUGCUAUACUCAGUGACCAAUUGGAUGUAAUCAUUCUGUAAUCAUUAGUUUGUAUUGUAGAUAAAUUAUAAUGUAAUUAGUGUGCUUAGUGUGACAUGCCCACUGUAGUGUGUUUUCUAUAGUUCGUAGAGACCUACGGGGAUGUGACUACACUAGACUUGGGUGGAGGGAACCGCUGUGUGCUCCUCUCAGGUCUCCGAGGCUUUAAGGAAGCCUUUGUGGAGCAGGCCGACACCUUCACCGAUCGGCCAUCUUACCCCCUGAACGACAGGCUGAGCAGAGGCUUGGGUAGGCUAAUAUGGUAGCUUAAUGAAUUGAAAUAAUUUAGACUAUUAUGAUAACAGUGUGCCACCAGUAGGAGUAGUAACACCAAUGAGACAUUUUUGGUCCACAUUCUAAAAUGGAGGUCACAAAAUAAAAUCUAAGGUCAUCAAUCAUUUAAAAAACAUAACUCUAAAAUGGUAUGAUUAAUCAUUUUGCUCACAACGUUAUUUCCCUUUAUUUGAAUUGACCAACACCAAGUGACACUUUGGAUUUAGACACACCAAAUUAUCAAUGGAAUCCUCAAAUGUAUACAUACUAAAAGGGUGUGAUUAGCUAAGAAUUGUCUUUAAUAUAGACCAUUGGAGGCUGCUGAGGGGAGGACGGCUCACAAUAAUGGCUGGAAUGGAGUCAAUGGAAUGGUCUCAAACACAUCAAACAUGUGGUUUCCAUGUGGUUGAUGCCAUUCCAUUGACUCCAUUCCAGCCAUUAUUAUGAGCAGUCCUCCCUCAGCACCCUCCCCUGAUAUAGACCCCUCCCCCAAUAACAGUUUGCCACUGGAGAGAAUGCUCAAGGUCCUUGUAUAUCUUUGUAAUCAGUGAUUUUCAAGGUGGUAACAACGAUGACCUAAAACUGAGGGAAACACAUUAUAGUAGAAAAAAAAGAAGGUAUUUUAAUAGCCACCUUUGUUUUUAUUGAUCUGUACAAUAUCUUAAAUACAUAUUUUCACUGUCUAGCAUUCAAAAUAAUAUAUAGAUAGAGUGUAUCUCUAAAUCCCAAAAACAUUUCAUUACACUAGCUAGCCCUCAGUAUUUUCUACAAUGCAUAAAAAUGUUUUUCAGAAUAAAGGAUUUACAUUGGCUUUCGUAUUAAAUAACAAUUAAAUAUAACUGCAGUAAAAUGUAUUAUUUGUGUAAUUUUGUGUUUUUACAACAUGGUGCCGAAGUCAACGGCCAGCAUUUACCACCACAAUUCAAGAAUGACCCAUCAGGCAGAACCACACAGUCAUAUUGGGUCUCAUUUAGUCAUAUUGGGUCUUAGUAAUUCUGUCAUUGUUGCGAUGUCUUGACCAGAUUAUGGUUUAUCUAGGCCUGAUCUCCUCUAACGGUCACAUGUGGCGGCAGCAGAGGCGCUUUGCCCUGUCCACGCUCAAGUACUUUGGAGUGGGGAAGAAGACCCUGGAGACCGCCAUACUCCAGGAGAGCCACUUCCUGUGUGAAUCCUACCUGGCAGAGAGAGGUGAGGUCAGCGUUUUUGCUAUACUUUUAUGGUGCCCAAAUCAGUGAAUGAACCACAGUCUCAGUUGUUUAACUGGCACUCUUAUCCAGAAUGGCUAGUUGUUGUAUGGUUUAAUGCUAUCUGGGGUUCAAACCCAAAACUUUGCUAUUGUGAAGUCCAGAUGUUUCUUAGCUUUGAUUUCCAACCGUCUCUGAUCAAGAUAUCCUCUCUCUACCUGUAAACGAAUGCUAUGAACGUGCAUCUUGAGAUGUAGUUAUUUGCAAACAGUAUUUCCGUUAGGGAAUGCCUACUCUGUGAAGUGCGAGUGUGCAAUGACUCAAUUCGCCCUUGUACUCCUUCUAAACAACGCUUUUUUUUAAAAACCUUGGCAAAGGGUAAAAUGUACAGUUGAAGUCGAAAGAUUACAUACACCUUAGCCAAAUACAUUUAAACUCAGUUUUUCACAAUUCCUGAUACUUAAUCCUAGUACAAAUUCCCUAUCUUAGGUCAGUUAGGAUCACCACUUUAUUUUAAGAAUGUGAAAUGUCAGAAUAAUAAUAGAGAGAAUGAUUUAUUUCAGCUUUUAUUUCUUUCAUCACAUUCCCAGUGGGUCAGAAGUUUACAUACACUCAAUUAGUAUUUGGUAGCAUUGCCUUUUAAAUUGUUUAACUUGGGUCAAACGUUUCGGGUAGCCUUCCACAAGCUUCCCACAAUAAGUUGGGUGAAUUUUGGCCCAUUCCUCCUGACAGAGCUGGUGUAACUGAGUCAGGUUUGUAGGCCUCCUUGCUCGAAAAUGCUUUUUCAGUUCUGCCAUCAAAUUUUCUAUAGGAUUGAGGUCUGGGCUUUGUGAUGGCCACUCCAAUACCUUGACUUUGUUGUCCUUAAGCCAUUUUGCCACAACUUUGGAAGUAUGCAUGGGGUCAUUGUCCAUUUGGAAGACCCAUUUGCGACCAAGCUUUAACUUCCUGACUGAUGUCUUGAGAUGUUGCUUCAAAAUAUCCACAUACAUUUAUUUCCUCAUGAUUCCAUCUAUUUGGUGAAGUGCACCAGUCCCUCCUGCAGCAAAGCACCCCCACAGCAUGAUGCUGCCACCCCCGUGCUUCAUGGUUGGGAUGGGGUUCUUCGGCUUGCAAGUACCCCUUUUUCCUCCAAACAUAACGAUGGUCAUUAUGGCCAAACAGUUCUAUUUUUGUUUCAUCAGACCAGAGGACAUUUCUCCAAAAAGUAAGAUCUUUGUCCCCAUGUGCAGUUGCAAACUGUAGUCUGGCUUUUUUAUGGCAGUUUUGGAGCAGUGGCUUCUUCCUUGCUGAGCGGCCUUUCAGGUUAUGUCGAUAUAUGACUAGUUUUACUGUGGAUAUAGAUACUUUCGUAACUGUUUCCUCCAGCAUCUUAACAAGGUUCUUUGCUGUUGUUCUGGGAUUGAUUUGCACUUUUCGCACCAAAGUACGUUCAUCUCUAGGAGACAGAACGUGUCUCCUUCUUGAGCGGUAUGACGGCUGUGUGGUCCCAUGGUGUUUAUACUUGCGUACUAUUGUUUGUACAGAUGAACGUGGUACCUUCAGGCAUUUGGAAAUUGCUCCCAAGAAUGACCCAGACUUGUGGAGGUCUACAAUUUUUUUUCUGAGGUCUUGGCUGAUUUCUUUUGUUUUUCCCAUGAUGUCAAGCAAAGAGGCACUGAGUUUGAAGGUAGGCCUUGAAAUACAUCCACAGCUACACCUCCAAUUGACUCAAAUUAUGUCAAUUAGCCUAUCAGAAGCUUCUAAAGCCGUGACAUCAUUUUCUGGAAUUUUCCAAGCUGUUUAAAGGCACAGUCAACUUAGUGUAUGUAAACUUCUGACCCACUGGAAUUGUAAUACAGUGAACUAUAAGUGAAGUUACUUGAGUCAUGCACAAAGUAGAUGUCCUAACCGACUUGCCAAAACUAUAGUUUGUUAACAAGAAAUGUGUGGAGUGGUUGAAAAAUGAGUUUUAAUGACUCCAACCUAAGUGUAUGUAAACUUCCGACUUCAACUGUAUAAGACUGAGUCCAAUCGGUUCAUAACAGAUUUUAGUUUUGGGAACAGAAAACUGUAUUGAGAUCAAAUGUUUAAUCAAUGAGAAAAUUAGCAUAAUGUUGGCCAAAAUCCAUCUUGGUCGAUGUUCUCCCACUGCCGGCCACUGGGCUUCCUCUCAUCACCAUAUUUGGUAGUGAUUGGAAACGCCAACCAGAUGCUUCACACUUAUACAUCUGGUGAAAUAUCUGGCUCAUUGUUCUAUCUGUGUCUAAACUGUCUGAGUAAGACAUCUUCAUUUAUCCACCAUCUUUGACCCAACCUCUGAUCUGUUUCAGGCCUGCCCUUUAACCCUGAAGUCGUCACCAACAAUGCAGUGGCCAACAUCGUGUGCACCCUGGUGUUUGGUCAUAGGUUCAAAUACAAUGAUCACCACUUCCACCACAUGCUGAAAUGCUCAGAGGAUGUUUUUCAGCUGCCUGCUACCUUCUGGGGAUCGGUAUGAUCUGUCUGCUAUUCUCUGUUUGGUGAUCAGUGUGUCUCUUUGGCAAAGUGAGUUAUAGUGCACAGUAUCUGCAAGGACACAGAUUCUCCUCAGGAAAUCUACCUUCUCAGGCUAAUUUCCUGUUCUUUCGACAGAUGUAUAAUCAGUUUCCGACACUGCUGCACUAUUUACCUGGGAGGCACCAAUCAGCCUUCAUCAACCUUGGUACCAUAAAGCAGUUUAUCAGAGAGGAAGUAGAGGAACACAAAGAGGACAGAAACCCGUCCAAUCCCAGAGACUACAUAGACUGUUACCUCGAAGAGAUAGAGAAGGUAAUACCACUGCUGGACUUUUUCAGCUCUUUUACAUUUACGUCAUUUAGCAGACGCUCUUAUCCAGAGUGACUUACAAAUUGGUGCAUUCAACUUAUAAUAGCCAGUGGGACAACCACUUUUUUUUUAAUGGGGGGUGGGGGAGGGGUGGGUAGAAGGAUUACUUUUAUACUAUUCCAGGUAUUCCUUAAAGAGGUAGGGUUUCAAGUGUCUCCGGAAGGUGGUCAGUGACGCCGCUGUCCUGGCGUCGUGGGGGAGCUUGUUCCACCAUUGGGGUGCCAGAGCAGCGAAUAGCUUUGACUGGGCUGACUGAAAUGUGCUUCCGUAGAGGUAGGGGGGCUAGCUGGCCAGAGGUGGAUGAACGUAGUGCCCUCGUUUGGGUGUAGGAUCAGAGCCUGAAGGUAAGGAGGUGCCGUUCCCCUCACAGCUCCGUAUUCAAGCACCAUGGUCUUGUAGUAAAUGCGAGCCUCAACUGGAAGCCAGUGGAGUGUGCGGAGGAGCGGGGUGACAUGAGAGAACUUGGGAAGGUUGAACACCAGACGGGCUGCACGACUUUUAACUUUUAAUAGUUAUUGCUUGUGAUCUACUCUCAUGUCUUUAGAAUUAAGAUGGUUUGUUCGUCAUAUUUUGGGCUAAUUUCAUCAAGAAAAUAUUACAUUUGUGGUUUAAUAUGACUGAAUAUGUAAAUUGUCAGCAAACCUCCCACAGCCUAACAGUGCAUGAUGAUUUGACCUCAACUUGACCACCUGAUGACCACUUCCCCGUGCAGAAUCAAGAUGGGGCGGCUGGCUUCACUGAGGAGAACCUGCUGUACUGUGUGGUGGAUCUGUUUGGGGCCGGGACAGAGACGACGUCCAAAAGCCUUCGCUGGGCAAUGCUGUACAUGGCCAAGUACCCCGACAUUCAAGGUGUGACACUGGGGGAACACAUCUAUUACUAUAAAAAAAUGUGGGGUCAAAGGGCUGGUUUCCCGGACACAAUAGAAAGUCUUCAUUGAGCAAGCUUUUUAGUCUAGAACUAGGCUUAAUCUGUGUUCAGGAAACAGGCCCUAAGAGUAAACAGGCCCUAAGAGGAAACAGGCCCUAAGAGGAAACAGGCCAUAAGAGGAAACAGGCACUAAGAGGAAACAGGCCCUAAGAGGAAACAGGCCCUAAGAGUAAACAGGCCCUAAGAGUAAACAGGCCCUAAGAGGAAACAGGCCCUAAGAGUAAACAGGCCCUAAGAGGAAACAGGCCCUAAGAGUAAACAGGCCCUAAGAGUAAACAGGCCCUAAGAGUAAACAGGCCCUAAGAGGAAACAGGCCCUAAGAGGAAACAGGCCCUAAGAGGAAACAGGCCCUAAGAGUAAACAGGCCCUAAGAGUAAACAGGCCUUAAGAGGAAACAGGCCCUAAGAGUAAACAGGCCCUAAGAGGAAACAGGCCCUAAGAGGAAACAGGCCCUAAGAGUAAACAGGCCCUAAGAGUAAACAGGCCCUAAGAGGAAACAGGCCCUAAGAGUAAACAGGCCCUAAGAGUAAACAGGCCCUAAGAGUAAACAUGCCCUAAGAGGAAACAGGCCCUAAGAGUAAACAGGCCCUAAGAGGAAACAGGCCCUAAGAGGAAACAGGCCCUAAGAGGAAACAGGCCCUAAGAGUAAACAGGCCCUAAGAGGAAACAGGCCCUAAGAGUAAACAUUAGGUGUAUUUUGAUCUGUUUUUUUAAAUCUAAUUUUACUGCUUGCAUCAGUUACUUGAUGUGGAAUAGAGUUCCAUGUAGUCAUGGCUCUAUUUAGUACUGUGCGCCUCCCAUAGUCUGUUCUGGACUUGGGGACUCUGAAGAGACCUCUUGUGGCAUGUCUUGUGGGUUAUGCAUGGGUGUCCGAGCUGUGAGCCAGUAGUUCAAACAGUCAGCUCGGUGCAUUCAACAUGUCAAUACUUCUCACAAAUACAAGUCGUGAUGAAGUCAAUCUCUCCUCCACUUUGAGCCAGGAGAGAUUGACAUAUUAAUGUUAGCUCUCUGUGUACAUCCAAGGGCCAGCCGUGCUGCCCUGUUCUGUGCCAAUUGCAAUUUUCCUAAGUCCCUUUUUUGGUAGUCAUGGUGUGACAAAACUAGGGCCUGUAGGACCUGCCUUGUUGAUAGUGCUGUUAAGAAGGUAGAGCAGUGCUUUAUUAUGGACAGACUUAUCCCCAUCUUAGCUACUGUUGUAUCAAUAUGUUUUGACCAUGACAGUUUACAAUCCAGGGUUACUCCAAGCAGUUUAGUCACCUCAACUUGCUCAAUUUCCACAUUAUGUAUUACAAGAUUUAGUUGAGGUUUAGGGUUUAGUGAAUGAUUUGUCCCAAAUACAAUGCUUUUAGUUUUUGAAAUAUUUAGGACUAACUUAUUCCUUGCCACCCACUCUGAAACUAACUGCAGCUCUUUGUUAAGUGUUGCAGUCGUUUCAGUCGCUGUGGUAGCUGGCAUAUUUAUUGUUGAGUCAUCCGCAUACAUAGACACACUGGGUUUACUUAGUAAAGAUUUUAAAAAGUAAGUGGCCUAGACAGCUGCCCUGGGGAAUUCUGUAUCUACCUGGAUUAUGUUGGAGAGGCUUCCAUUAAAGAACAUCCUCUAUGUUCUGUUAGACAGGUAACUCUUUAUCCACAAUAUAGCAGGGGGUGUAAAGCCAUAACACAUACGUUUUUCCAUCAGCAGCCUAUGAUCAAUAAUGUCAAAAGCCGCACUGAAGUCUAACAAAACAGCACCCACAAUCUUUUUAUCAUCAAUUUCUCAGCCAAUCAUCAGUAAUUUGUGUAAGUACUGUGCUUGUUGAAUGUCUUUCCCUAUAAGCGUGCUUAAAGUCUGUUUUUAAUAUGUUUAAUAUAAAAUAGCAUUGUAUCUGGUCAAACACCAUUUCUUCCAAAUGUUUAUUGAGGGUUGGUAACAGGCUGAUUGGUCGGCUAUUUGAGCCAGUAAAGGGGUCUUUACUAUUCUUAGGUAGCGGAAUUACUUUUGCUUCCCUCCAGGCCUGGGGGCACACACAUUCUAGUAGGCUUAAAUAUGGCAAAUAGGAGUGGCAAUACCGUCCACUAUUAUCCUCAGUAAUAUUCCAUCCAAGUUGUCAGACCCCGGUGGCUUGUCAUUGUUGAUAGACAACAAUAAUCUUUUCACCUCUUCCACACUCACUUGACGGAAUACAAAAUGACAGUGCUUGUCUUUCAUAAUUUGGUCAGAUAUACUUGGAUGUGUAGUGUCAGAGUUUGUUGCUGGCAUGUCAUGCCUAAGUUUGCUAAUCCUGCCAAUGAAAAAAUCUUUAAAGUAGUUGACAAUAUCAGUCGGUUUUGUGAUGAAUGAGCCAUCUGAUUCAAUGAAUGAUGGAGCUGAGUUAGCUUUUCUUUCCCAAAAUUUCAUUUAAGGUGCUCCAAAGCUUUUUACUAUCAUUCUUUGUCAUUUAUCUUUGUUUCAUAGUGUAGUUUCUUCUUCUUUUUAUUCAGUUUAGUCACAUGAUUUCUCAACUUGCAAUACGUUUGUCAAUCGGAUGUGCAGGCAGACUUAUUUGCCAUUCCUUUUGCCUCAUCCCUCUCAACCAUACAAUUUUUAAAUUCCUUGUCAAUCCACAGGGAUUUAACCGUUUUAACCUUGUAUACACAAUAUUAGGCCCAUCCUUUGGAACUUUGGUUUUCCUAGAAAUGGCUACUAUAUUGGGAUCACUACAUCUGAUGUAUCUGGAUUCUGCUUUCAUGCAGAUUUCUGCAGCAUUAGUAAAGAUGUGAUCAAUACAUGUUGAUGAUUUCAUUCCUCUGCUGUUUGUAACUACCCUGGUAGGUUGACUGAUAACCUGAACCAGGUUGCAGGCACUGGUUACAGUUUGAAGCUUUUUCUUGAGUGGGCAGCUUGAUGAAAGCCAGUCAAUAUCUGAAUUACCUUGAAAAUAUACCUCUCUGUUCAUAUCACAUACAUUAUCAAGUAUUUCACGCGUAUUAUCCAUAUACUGACUGUUAGCACUUGGUGGUUUAUAGCAGCUUCCCACAAGAAUGGGCUUUAGGUGAGGCAGAUGAACCUGUAGCCAUAUUACUUCAACAGUAUUUAACAUGAAAUCCUCUCUAAGCUUUACAGGAAUGUGGUUCUGAAUAUAAACAGCAACACCUCCACCAUUGGCAUUUCUGUCAUUUCUGUAAAUGUCAUAACCUUGUAUUGCUACCACUAUAUCAUCAAAGGUAUUAUCUAAGUGAGUUUCAGAGAUCAGAAUAUGAAUGUCAUCUGUUACUAGCAAAUUAUUGAUUUCAUGAACCCUGUUUCUUAAGCUACAUAUGUUAACGUGGACUAUUUUGAGCACUUUUCUUCUGGGAUGCUUACUUGUUUUCAUUGCUUUACUGGGAAGCUUAGCAGUAGUAGAUAUGCUCAUGUUAUUUACAGUGGGGGAAAAAAGUAUUUAGUCAGCCACCAAUUGUGCAAGUUCUCCCACUUAAAAAUAUGAGAGAGGCCUGUAAUUUUCAUCAUAGGUACACGUCAACUAUGACAGACAAAUAGAGAAAUUUUUUUCCAGAAAAUCACAUUGUAGGAUUUUUUAUGAAUUUAUUUGCAAAUUAUGGUGGAAAAUUAGUAUUUGGUCACCUACAAACAAGCAAGAUAUCUGGCUCUCACAGACCUGUAACUUCUUCUUUAAGAGGCUCCUCUGUCCUCCACUCGUUACCUGUAUUAAUGGCACCUGUUUGAACUUGUUAUCAGUAUAAAAGACACCUGUCCACAACCUCAAACAGUCACACUCCAAACUCCACUAUGGCCAAGACCAAAGAGCUGUCAAAGGACACCAGAAACAGAAUUGUAGACCUGCACCAGGCUGGGAAGACUGAAUCUGCAAUAGGUAAGCAGCUUGGUUUGAAGAAAUCAACUGUGGGAGCAAUUAUUAGGAAAUGGAAGACAUACAAGACCACUGAUAAUCUCCCUCGAUCUGGGGCUCCACGCAAGAUCUCACCCCGUGGGGUCAAAAUGAUCACAAGAACGGUGAGCAAAAAUCCCAGAACCACACGGGGGGACCUAGUGAAUGACCCGCAGAGAGCUGGGACCAAAGUAACAAAGCCUACCAUCAGUAACACACUACGCCGCCAGGGACUCAAAUCCUGCAGUGCCAGACGUGUCCCCCUGCUUAAGCCAGUACAUGUCCAGGCCCGUCUGAAGUUUGCUAGAGUGCAUUUGGAUGAUCCAGAAGAGGAUUGGGAGAAUGUCAUAUGGUCAGAUGAAACCAAAAUAUAACUUUUUGGUAAAAACUCAACUGGUCGUGUUUGGAGGACAAAGAAUGCUGAGUUGCAUCCAAAGAACACCAUACCUACUGUGAAGCAUGGGGGUGGAAACAUCAUGCUUUGGGGCUGUUUUUCUGAAAAGGGACCAGGACGACUGAUCCGUGUAAAGGAAAGAAUGAAUGGGGCCAUGUAUCGUGAGAUUUUCAGUGAAAACCUCCUUCCAUCAGCAAGGGCAUUGAAGAUGAAACGUGGCUGGGUCUUUCAGCAUGACAAUGAUCCCAAACACACCGCCCGGGCAACGAAGGAGUGGCUUCAUAAGAAGCAUUUCAAGGUCCUGGAGUGGCCUAGCCAGUCUCCAGAUCUCAACCCCAUAGAAAAUCUUUGGAGGGAGUUGAAAGUCUGUGUUGCCCAGCGACAGCCCCAAAACAUCACUGCUCUAGAGGAGAUCUGCAUGGAGGAAUGGGCCAAAAUACCAGCAACAGUGUGUGAAAACCUUGUGAAGACUUACAGAAAACGUUUGACCUGUGUCAUUGCCAACAAAGGGUAUAUAACAAAGUAUUGAGAAACUUUUGUUAUUGACCGAAUACUUAUUUUCCACCAUAAUUUGCAAAUAAAUUCAUAAAAAAUCCUACAAUGUGAUUUUCUGGAUUUUUUUUCUUCUCAUUUUGUCUGUCAUAGUUGAUGUGUACCUCUCAUCUUUUUAAGUGGGAGAACUUGCACAAUUGGUGGCUGACUAAAUACUUUUUUCCCCCACUGUAUGUUAGUGCAAGGUGAGCUGCACACAGUGGACUUCCUACCAGGGCACACAGCCUCAGUGCUAACAGUAUACAGUGCCUUCGGAAAGUAUUCAGACCCCUUGACCUUUUCCAUAUUUUGUUACAUUACAACCUUAUUUUUUUAUUAUCCUCAGCAAUCUACACACAAUACCCCAUAAUGACUUAUUUACAUAAGUAUUCAGACCCUUUGCUAUGAGACUCGAAAUUGAGCUCAGGUGCAUCCUCUUUCCAUUGAUCAUCCUUGAGAUGUUUCUACAACUUGAUUGGAGUCCACCUGUGGUAAAUUGAAUUGAUUGGACAUAAUUUGGAAAGGCACACACCUGUCUAUAUAAGGUCCCACAGUUGACCGUGCAUGUCAGAGCAAAACCAAGCCAUGAGGUCGAAGGAAUUGUCCGUAGAGCUCCGAGACAAGAUUGUGUCGAGGGACAGAUCUGGGGACAGGUAACAAAAAAUGUCUGCAGUAUUGACAGUCCCCAAGAACACAGUGGCCUCCAUCAUUCUUAAAUGGAAGAAGUAUGUAAGCACCAAGACUCUUCCAAGAGCUGGCCGCCCGGCCAAACUGAGCAAUCGGGGGAGAAGGGCCUUGGUCAGGGAGGUGAUCAAGAACCUGAUGGUCACUCUGACAGAGCUCUAGAGUUCCUCUUUGGAGAUGGGAGAACCUUCCAGAAGGACAACCAUCUCUGCAGCACUCCACCAAUCAGACCUUUAUGGUAGGGUGGCCAGACGGAAGCCACUCCUCAGUAAAAGUUACAUGACAGCCUGCUUGCUUGGAGUUUGCCAAAAGGCACCUAAGACUCUCAGACCAUGCGAAACAACAUUCUCUGGUCUGAUGAAACCAAAAUUGAACUCUUUGGCCUGAAUGCCAAGCGUCACGUCUGGAGGAAACCUGGCACCAUCCCUAGGGUAAAGCAUGGUGGUGGCAGCAUCAUGAUGUGGGGGUGUUUUUCAGCAGCAGGGACUGGGAGACUAGUCAGGAUCAAGGCAACAAUGAACAGAGCAAGUACAGAUAGAUCCUUGAUGAAAACCUGCCCCAGAGCGCUCAGGGCCACAGACUGAGGCGAAGGUUCACCUUCCAACAGGACAACAACCCUAAGCACACAGCCAAGACAAUGCAGGAGUGGCUUCGGGACAAGUUUCUGAAUAUCCUUGAGUGGCCCAGCCAGAGCCUGGAAUUGAACCUGAUCGAACAUCUCUGGAGAGACCUGAAAAUUACUGUGCAGCAACGCUCCCCAUCCAACCUCACAGAGCCUAAGAGGAUCAUGCAGAGAAGAAUGGGAGAAACUCCCCAAAUACAGGUGUGCCGUGCUUGUAGUGUCAUACCCAAGAAGACUCGAGGCUGUAUAUUGCUGCCAAAGGUGCUUCAACAAAGUACUGAGUAAAGGGUCUGAAAACUUAAAUGUGAUAUUUCAGUUAUUUAUCUUUUAUAAAUUAGCAGAAAUUUCUACAAUCCUGAUUUUCCUUUGUCAUUAUGGGGUAUUGUGAGAGAAAAAAAAGCAAUUUAAUCUAUUUAGAAUAAGUCUGUAAUGUAACAAAAUGUAGAAAACGUCAAGACGACUGAAUACUUUCCGAAUGCACUGUCAAUCUGGUUCCUAGGCACAUGAUUACUGCAUACAAUAGCUAUAGGAUCAGCAGAGGCAUUCAGGGCAGUUAGAGGGACAUAAAUUAGGUUACUUACAUUGUGUUUACCAACAUCACUGGUAUAAUGUAUAUUUGCUGAAGCAUAAUGACAACUCCGCUUCACAAUGGUAGGGAUUAACUGAGCUGGGCUUGGGUCAUUGAUAAGUCAUUGUCUCAACGCAGCCUUAUAAUGCUGUGAAAGGAUCCAGGAACCCACAUAUUUUGGGUGGAUCCCAUCCUCCUUAUAAAACGUGUUUUGUUUCCAAAAGGUAUCAAAAUUGUCAACAAAAGUUACACCCAUUAAACUGCAAUAAUCACAUAGCCAGUUGUGAAGAGAAUAUAAUCCUGCUAAAGCGUUCAAUGCCACGAUUCAGAGAGGGCACAGGGCCAGAUAGCAGAGAGUCAAUCAGCUCUUUAAAAUCCAGUUUCAACUGUUCAGAGAUGCUCUUCAUAAUGUCAUUAAAACCCACAUGGACUACGAUAGCGCAAUCCAUGCAAAAACAAGUUCGGUAUUUAUAUUUAACUAAUAUUGGUUAUGUUUUAGUCAAAAAUUGCAAACCGAGUGUUUCCAGCAUACAGUGUUCAGCUGCGCACUCUGAAUGAAUGUAUUCUGGCACUGAUGACAACCCUCUGUGGCCCUAAGAGGAAACCGGCCCUAAGAGUAAACAGGCCCUAAGAGGAAACAGGCCCUAAGAGUAAACAGGCCCUAAGAGGAAACAGGCCCUAAGAGGAAACAGGCCCUAAGAGGAAACAGGCCCUAAGAGUAAACAGGCCCUAAGAGGAAACAGGCCCUAAGAGGAAACAGGCCCUAAGAGGAAACAGGCCCUAAGAGUAAACAGGCCCUAAGAGGAAACAGGCCCUAAGAGGAAACAGGCCCUAAGAGGAAACAGGCCUUAAGAGUAAACAGGCCCUAAGAGGAAACAGGCCCUAAGAGGAAACAGGCCCUAAGAGUAAACAGGCCCUAAGAGUAAACAGGCCCUAAGAGUAAACAGGCCCUAAGAGGAAACAGGCCCUAAGAGGAAACAGGCCCUAAGAGGAAACAGGCCCUAAGAGGAAACAGGCCCUAAGAGGAAACAGGCCCUAACAGUACUCUGUUAUAAUAGCCUAGUGCUUACCAGAAGAAUGACUUGUUUUAUGGCUUUAUUAAUCAAUUAUACUGCAUGCGCUAUGCAGCCAUCUGCUCUAGACAAUCAUUAACUUCCUCAUUCUGACUUCCUCCGUAGAGAAGGUGCAGGUGGAGAUCGAUGAGGUCAUAGGUUCGGCUCGCCAGCCCUCAAUGGACGACCGAGCCGAAAUGCCGUAUACCUACGCUGUGAUUCAUGAGAUCCAGAGGUUUGGGAACAUCGUCCCCUUCACGCCUCCCAGAGUGGCCAGUAAGGACACCACCGUGGCGGGGUAUCUAGUGCCCAAGGUGGGUGUAGGGUCGAUGGAUGGUGGUGGAGAUGUUGUGAUUCUACUGCUGGAGUACAUGAUCAACUGAAUGUUUGAGUUGAUGCGUGCUGGUGCAAUGGUGCAUGUUGACGUCACACUGAAGGUUUUACUGGCAAUGCCAUUUGACAAAUGGACUCUUCUGUUUUGCACAGGGAACAAUGGUGCUUCCCAUGUUAAAACCAAUCCUACAGGACAGAAAUGAGUAUGCAACCCCUGAUCAGUUCAAUCCUGGACAUUUCCUGGAUAAAAAUGGAAGAUUUGUCAAAAAAGACAAUUUUAUCCCAUUUUCUAUAGGUAAUGUAUUAUUAAAAUGCACUUAAAAUGUAAAUUGUUUAUGUAUACUGUUAAUCCAUAACAAAAACCCUUAAUUUGUCUCCCAAACAUGUAUCACUAUCCUAUCUUGCUUCAAUCCGCCCUACCAGAGAAACGGUUGUUCAAAAUGGAAUGUGCUACUGCAGAUUCUUGAGGAGACAUUAGACAGAACUAUUAUGGUUUUCAUUUUCCAUAGAGUCUGCCAAGACACGUAGAGGGUGGAAUGGUGGAGAACACACACACACACACACACACACACACACACACACACACACACACACACACACACACACACACACUCCAUCCAUCCUCAUGUUAAAGAUGUGUGUGUGUGUGUGUGUGUGUGUGUGUGUGUGUGUGUGUGUGUGUGUGUGUGUGUGUGUGUGUGUGUGUGUGUGUGUGUGUGUGUGUGUGUGUGUGUGUGUGUGUGUGUGUGUGUGUGUGUGUGUGUGUGUGUGCUCUCCUCUCUCUCAGGUAAGAGGAUGUGUCCAGGGGAGCAGCUGGCCAGGAUGGAGCUGUUUCUGUUCUUCACCUGUCUGCUCCAGAGGUUCACCUUCACACCUCCACAGGGCUGGGAGCUUGGCCUGGAGGGCCAGGUGGGCAUCAUCAGUGGACCAAAGCCCUUCAAAAUCUGUGCCCUGCCUCGAUAA